CCCCAGACGCUGAGCACAUUUUGUGCACACUGAACACGUUUCGUGCAAAAUCCUUGAUUCUAGGGCCUUCUAAGAUGUUACUUGACUAACUCAUUCUAAAAGAAAGAUUUGGAAUGCUUUUUAAGGGAGGUAUCAUGUUCUUAGUUAUUGGAAACAACAUAAAUUCUAAUGAACUUUAAAUUUUAAAUUUUUUUGGCUCAAAAGUUGGAGGAGGCAGCUGCCUCCUCCGCCUCCAUGUAAUUUACGGCCCUGACUGGCAAUGGUGACGUCUCCAUAUGGGUGAAAAAUUCUCGAGUGGCAGGUUAUACAAUAUACAAUCAAUCCAGGAGUAAUAAGGAUUCACUUUUAUGCCGAGUGAUUGAAUAAUUAAAGCCAAAAUCAAAAACGAUAUUGAUUACGCUGUCAUUUUAAAAAGGAAACGGAAUCAGGAUUCAACAAAUGCGACAAAUUUCUUAAUCGGAAAAAAUAAAUCGGAACAAUAUGAAUCGAAAAUCCUCAUUUCUGUGUUUUACACUGUUAACAUACGUGGUGGUCAAGACAUUCACCAAUCAGUUAGUAGGCGCUUCAACUGAUGGAUCUGGGAAUGGUGGUUCGACGGAUGGAUCCGGAAAUGGUGGUUCGUCGGAUGGAUCCGGGAAUGGUGGUUCGACGGAUGGAUCCGGGAAUGGUGGUUCGACGGAUGGAUCCGGGAAUGGUGGUUCGACGGAUGGAUCCGGGAAUAGUGGUUCGACGGAUGGGUCCGGAAGUAGUAGUUCCACAGAUGGACCAGGAGGUUCUAUAGAGGAAUUGUGUGACUGCGACUGUGAUUACAUGGAUAAGAUUGAAAACUUCAAGAACACUUACAAUCCCAACGUCAAUAAAACCACACAAGAGCUGGUGAAAAUGUUGAAGGAAGACCUGAAAAAGGUGAAGAAAGCUCUAGAGCUUCAGAAAAAGGAUAUCCCUGCCGUCAAGGCCCAAAAAAUCAGCGCUCCCGACGUCCGACCUUCUGCCAAAUACAUAGGUCUGAUUGGCGUGGUUUCCAUGGUGAUUGUGUUCGGGGGGAUCGUAGUGUUGGAUCUGAUAUCUUUGCCACGAUAUAUCAGAUCACUAAAGGAAAACCUCUGUUAGUUCAUUGUCAGAGAGUACUUAGAACCGACCACCGAUUGACGCUGGUAGAUACAGUGUAUCUGUAUUUCGGUUAAAGAAAUAAAAUGUUGUAAAUAACGGAAGCAUUUGUAUUGAAGAUGCAACCAGUAUUUGUAAAGAUUUACAGCAUCCCUCUAUUCAAUGAAACUGAUGUAAUCAACACUGAUCAAUAUAUAUUUUCUUUUAAAGAUUAUCAGUGGGAUUUUUAAAAUGGUGCACUUACGUUUUUAUCUUUAAGGUAUCGUAUCAAGUGCUAUGUUGUAAUGGCUAAUUGUAUUCAGCGCGUCCGCUCGUCAAAUUUCAAGUAGAAUUUGCUGUGGUAAUAAACACUCAAAUAAGCUUGAUUUUCUUUACUGUACUUUUUAGCUUUAUCGCCUGUUUUGUUGUUGUUGUUUUUUUUUUUUUUUACGGAAAUAGCUUACACGAAUAUUGAACCCAAUCAAGGUUUGUUUUUUCUAAGACAACAAACUAAUGAUAGUGUCUUUUAGUUAUAGAUAAAUAUUUUGCUAUAAACUGUAUAUAUCUAUAUGAGAAUUCACAUUUCUAGGUGCUAGGAUAUAACACACAAUGACUUCCAAUUUUACGACAAAUAAUUAUCUACUAAAUAAAUAAAUAAGAGUCCCUCCCUAGUGUCUACGAAAUAUUAAUCAGCCAUUAGACUUUUACCAAUUGUCAUGUACAUAAUUCCAACUCAAAUUGUUAAUAUCAUAUAUUUCAAUAUAUUCACCUCGCCUGGCUUCAUUUGAAGCUAGAGCCCCCCCCCCUCCUCAAUUUCGCUCCCCAGUUCCAACACAAUUUCUCCAAAUGCCAUGAUAUUAAACCGAAACUGCACAUAUAAGACCCUAACUAGUACUUGAUAUAUUCGGAAGGGAAGGGAGUGAUGAAAUUUCCGAUACUAGUAAACUGGCCAGUAUUUUCAUUAUAUGUGAGAAUGGAUUUAAUUUAAUUGACGUACAGUUCUUUAGAAUAAAUCAUUGUUAAAACACGGGCCUUCGGGCAUGGAUCAUGCACUCCCCCCUUAUUUUUGUCUGAUCUGGGAUCAACACAUUUAUUUUCUUUUUAUACUUACGUUUUGUAAAUAUACGUUAAAGAUUAUCGAAAUCUCUGUUACGUAUAAGUAAACAUUUCGUUGUCAGUGAUGAUAUAUCUUCUUACAAUCGAUGAAAAAAAAAUUAUUGCAUUUUUAGAUGAUAUUUAAUGUAUAUUUACAAUGCAUAAGUUAUUGAGGUGUGGAGAAGGUUAGAGGGUGGGGGCGUGUUGCAUGAUCCAUCAUGCCUCAGGUGCCUGUGUAUAUAUUAAAACUACCAGUAUUCACUGCACCUCAAUAAAAUCAUUUCUCAAAUAAAAACAAAAACAGCAACUAUAUUUUGCUGACAGUCCGCCAAGGUAACUGGAUGCCAGAAUUUAUUAAAUGUAUUGAAAUAAUCAUUCAUUAUUACAAACUGAUGUAAUAUGUGUUAUACAAACAACUUGUGAAUAUUUUCUAAAAAUUAAAAACUGUAUCAAUAUUAA